AUGGCGGUGGUCGUAUGUCUAUUGAUCGUAAUUGUAGUUUGGCAGAGAUAUCAUCAGCGAUCCACCAAGCCGGGAGUGGUCGAGUGUCUCGACGCAAAAGUAGAGAAAGACAUUCAAGACCCAUAUUCAAACAUCCGGCCGCUCGAUCAUUUCGACUGGGCGAACACUCCCGUCCCACAAAAUGCGCCAUUGAAACCGAAAUACCACCUCACCAUGGGCUUGGAAGCCGGCGAACUGUCGGAUUUGGUAGCGUUCGACCGCACGUAUGCAACGGGCAUCCAGACACGACGAGAGACCAUAGAGCAGAAUCCUCAAACCGCUCUGCAAUGCACCGACACGGCUGCCCCGGCCGCUUUUGAGUUGUACGAAUGGAUGUUCGGCACAUAUCUACCGAGGCGUUUUCCAAGCAUGUUUGCAAUUCACCCCGAGCCAGGACGAGCUGGAGGUCAAUGUCUAAUCAACGCAGUCACGGGCGAGUCUGUAGCUCUGAAGGCUCCGGAGUCACCUCGGGAAGCUCUACAGACCCUGGGCGGGCAGGUCGACGCCGACUUCAUCAUCAUGCUUCCUUCGUCCCGGGCGGAGGAUGGCGGUCCCAUCUAUCACUUGCAAGGGUUUGUCAAUCCGUGCCCGGCGGGCUUCAACCUCUACGAAAGACUUGGUCUCCCGCUUUCAGGCGUGCACGCUCCCGUACCUGGCUACACGUCCAAAUUGGAAAGGUCGAUGGACAGGACGUUCGCUCGUCUGGAGCUGGGGAGAUUGGUCCGGCGGAGGAAUUGGAGCAUCGCCACGAACGACGUCUUGUUCCAACUGGGAGGGACACACAUCUUUCGAAGCCAGGACGACCUGGAACGGGAGAAGAACGGCGAGCCGAUCUCGGAGGAGUUGAAGGCGACGAUUGGAGCUCAGCGGGCGGAGGUUCGAGUUGAGGAUUGCUGUCUGCGAUCGGAACGGCAGUCCCUGUUUCGACUGCCCAAGACGGGCGCUAUCAUUUUCUCAUUCAAGACUUAUUUGUAUACACUGGCAGACAUCAAAGCUAGCGGGCAAGCGGAAGCUUUGGCAGACGCCAUUGAAGGGCUCGGUCAGGGGAAUGUGCCUGAAUUUCGAUACUACAAGCGCGAGGUGGUAUGGGGACCAAAAGUGCUCGAGUAUCUGCGGAGUUAG